AUGCUGUUCAUGCACCAGAUCGGCAGCGUCAAAAUCGGCGAGAUCGUCCGCUACAACGUCACAUACACCCCCGCUCUCGACCGCAUUCUCCCCGCCCCCGAAUACCUCUACCUCAAGGUCCGCAACACAUCCAACAGUGCCUUGCGCGCCGCCUUUGUCCACGGGCCCUACACACUGUACGUCGACGCCUACCCAGCUCACUUCGACCCCAACGAGAAGUUUGCCCACCCGCGCAAGUAUGGCGUUCCCGAGUUCGAGCCCAUGCUCAAGGCCGGCGGUAGCUGGACCUGCCGUCUUCUCGUGCCCGAGCACGUCCGUGAUGGCGCCGGCUCCGGCACGGGCACGGGCACCCAUGCGGGCGAGGAUGGCAGCCCCCCGAGCGUCAGCUGGAUCAUCAACGUCAGCAGCCAGGUCAUCUUUUCCACCUCGGCGGCCGUUCACUUUGAAGUCCUGCUGGCCCGCGAUCCAAAAGCCCUCGAGAGCGGCGGCGGCAUCACGGCGGGCAUGCCUGUCCUUCUCGGCGGCGGCGGCGACGGACAUGGCAGUGGAAAAGGUGGCGGCAGCGUUCACGGCCAGGUCCUCCAACCCGGCCGGAUGACCGACUACCAGCGCGGCCGCGACGGACGCCACCCUGACCAACCCCGCGGUGUCUUUUCGCGUGCCAUCCGCAUGCGUCUCGAGGACACGACAGCGCUGUGGAACAAGCCCGAGCUGCCCGGCUGGAGCAAGUUGCCGUCAUCCAUGCGUAUUCGAACCGACGACAGUGGCGUGACCGUCGAGGCCGUGUCUGGCGGCGCACUGGGGAGGAAGCACCAGAACAACCAGGAAGAGCAGCAGAAGGAGCAGCAAAAGACGCUCGAACAGAAUCAUGAGUCCAAGAGCCAGGCUACGCAGCAGGCGCGCGACACCAUUCCGGCGCCAAAACCGGGCCAAAAGAAGAAAAAGAUCCACUUGGUGAUCCUAACCCAUGGCUUGCACAGCAACUUGGGCGGUGACAUGCUCUACAUCAAAGAGAGCAUCGACGUGGCUGUGCAGCAGGCCAAGAUCGACCGAAAAGCCCGCAAAGAAAAGGAGCGGGCCGCAAGAGCCGAGGCACGCAAGAAAUCAGGUGCGUCGGACAGAGGUACCGGUGAGGAAGACGACGACGACCUCGAUGACGAAGAUGAGGAGGAUGUUAUUGUGCGCGGCUACCCGGGCAAUGCGACGCGCACCGAGCGGGGGAUUAAGUAUCUCGGCAAGCGCCUUGCACGCUACAUCCUGUCCAUGACCUAUCCCGACCAGCCCUUUCUUCCGUCAACCAAAAAAGUGUCGGAGAAUGCGGCCGUGGCCUUGCACGGAGGGCACCCGAAUGACGCGAUGCGCGAGCGUGGGUCGCCGGCGCACAAGCACAGCACCAUCCAAAACGCCCCCGCCGAGAGCUUGCGCGGGUAUCAGUUCACAAAGAUUAGCUUCAUCGCCCACUCGCUUGGCGGCCUGGUCCAGACCUACGCCGUCGCCUACAUCCAGAAGCACUCGCCGCAGUUCUUUGACCUGAUUGAACCUGUCAACUUCAUUGGCAUGGCCUCGCCGUUUUUGGGCCUCAACCACGAAAACCCCAUGUACGUCAAGUUCGCCCUCGACUUUGGCCUUGUGGGCCGCACCGGCCAGGAUCUCGGUCUGACCUGGCGCGCGCCCACCAUUGCCCGCAGUGGCUGGAGCUCGCUUGUCGGCAACCUGGGCGACAGCGCCCACAAAAAGGUCCUGGGCGAGCCCCAGCCCGAGUCCAAACCGCUUUUGCGUAUCCUGCCGACGGGACCCGCCCACACGGCACUGAAGAAGUUCCGCAACCGCACCGUCUACUCCAACGUCGUCAACGACGGCAUCGUCCCGCUGCGCACCAGCUGUCUGCUGUUCCUCGACUGGCAAGGACUGGACCGCGUCGAAAAGGCCCGGCGCGAGGCCGGCCUGGUCGAAACAGUGGUCGGGUUUGGCUGGGCAGAGCUCGUCGGAAACAAUGCGACGACCCCACGCACCGAGAAGUGGGAUCCUGUUGACUUUGCCGAUGACGAUGACGAGAAGGACAGCGAGGGCACGGGUAAGAGGACGAGCGUGAGCGACAGCGGCGCAAAGAAGACCGAGACGGCAACAGGCGACAAUGGUACGAGCGGCACCAGCACGCCAAAUGUCGAAGGACACAACCAGCACGAGGUGCCACAGCCGUCCAAAAACGCAACACAGGACGACGACCGGCAUAGUCUCCGGGCGGUGGCAGUGUCGUCCUCGUUUGACCACGACGAUCGGCCGAACAUCCCGUCACCGGCCUUACUGUCGCCCGACCCCAGCAAGCUCACAACCGCGUCGACGAACAACUCGAACCCGUUUAGCAACUUCUUCAGCAACCUCUUCAAGAAUAGCAGCAGUGGCAGUACCGACGACCCGACGCACAGCCCAGCCGGCACGACACCACGGCACGGGUCCGUCGUCUCGGGCGGCGGCUCCUCGUCCAACCUUAAGGCCCUGGGGCAGGACCAGCACUCUCACCCUCCCACCCAAUCGACCAAGCGGAGCAAGCAAAGCAAGAUAUACCAGAGAAGCCAAACGCUGCGGUCGAGCGACUGGGAUGCAGUGACGGCUACAUCAACCUCGUCGAGCAAGUCUCGCGUGACAACGGGCCAGGAGCUCGAUGAGGACGCCUCCAAUGGCGGUUCGACGAGCGGCGGCAUGUCGGCGCCGCCCCGGACGUCCUUUUUCGAGUCGGCCACAGACAUUAUCAACCCCAAACUACCAUCGGUUGAGUUUCUCAUCGACCCGUCUAAGCGCCCGCGCGCCAUCUUCCACGACCGCAUCUACCACCCGUCCGACAUCCCCGCACCCCCGCUCAAGCGCCGCUCAACGGGCAACCUGGCCUUGCGGCGGCUGUCGCUCCAACAGCGCUCUAAGAUCGCGCCGGGCGGUGCCAGCGGCGGUGGCAAUGCUGACAACAGCGCGAGCAACAGCAAGUCGCGUUCGUCCUCGCCGUUCCAGGAACGGAGCCUGGCGUCUGGCGGUUCCGGUAGUGUCCCUCACAUGGACUCGGGCCUCUCGGCACAGGACUACGACGACAUGGUCAACACGAACCCAGACCGCGAACCGGACGAAGUCAUUGACACGUCCAGCAUCAAGGUCGAAGAAAAGAUUGCCCGGGCGUAUCACCGCGGCCUGUCGUGGCGCAAAGUGCUCGUCAAGCUGGAGCCCGACGCGCACAACAACAUGGUUGUGCGCCGCAUGUUUGCCAACGCCUUUGGCUGGCCUGUGGUGAAGCACAUGGUGGACGCACACUUUAGCGAUUCGGCAGCAGCGCGCAUGCGCGACGACGACGAGGACAACAACGAGCGCGCGCGGCCUCUGUACGAAGCGCCGGACGAGCACGGCGCCGAAACGCAGACCCAGAAGCCGGACCAAGGCCACGAAAACGCUCAGGCGGAUGCUGCCAACGACGACGGUGACGCCCGCGAGGCCCAAGACCAGGCCACGGAUCUGCCCGAAACGCACCUGGGCAGCCAAUCGAGGCCGCCGCACCACGACAAUGUGGCCUGGACGGAGGGUGACUGGAACGACUCCGGCGACGAAAGCGACUCCCCCGACGGCAGCACUGGCGCGGCAGACGAUGACCUCAACCUGGCCUACGGUGCCUCCUCCAAGGAACAGAAGCAGGUGCCCAAGUCGCCGCUGUCUUCAUCCAUGACGGGCGUGUCUGUGACGGCAACGGGCGGCACGACGACCGGGCCUCAAUCACCGCUUAACCGCCCUCUAUCGAGCCCAGCAGCUGACAGCAUACUCCCGGAGUUGAGCAUCUCGGCGCCAAAAGAGGAAGGACAUCGAUCUUGA